CUACUGUACAGCUGGAGGUGCUGAUCUAGAGGCCCAGCCGAUUGUCCCAAAGUGGUCACAAGAUGGGAAGACAGUGACCGUCACCCUGCCCAUCGGCAAUGUCAGGUCAUCUGAGGUGAACCUGACCACUGAUGGACAGGAUGUUACCUUGAAUUUGCCAGAUGGGCGCUCGUGGAGCUGUACCUUCCAUGCAGCAGUAGAAGCAGCUGAUCCCAUGGUCAUCUGUACAGAUGAACUCAUGGCCAUCACCUUCAACAAGGAGGAGAAGUACAAGAAGUGGCCUGCCUUAACAGCAAAGGACCCUCCACCACCAGAGGCAGUAUCUAACCAUGUGGAUGGGCACCAUGCUACAGAAAGUAUGGAGAUGUCAGAUGGAAGAAACCAUGUUGCAGAUGGGGGUAGAGAUAGCCCCACCAAGCUUGGUGUUGAAGAAUCAGAAGGUGCAGGUGUGGGGUUUGUGCACCUGCAGCAGCUGAGGCAUGACUGGUUUGAGCGCGGGUCGGACCUGAUGUGCCUGUACGUCUUCACCAAGGAGGUCUGCAAGGACACGCUGGACAUCCAGUUCUCUGACCAGGCUCUGACGGUCAACUUCCAGACCAGCGACAGCAAGUUCCUGGCCCUGCACGAGGGGACGACCACCCAGACCGUCUUCUGUUGGAGCAUCAGACUGUUCUAUCGUAUCGUGCCGGAGGAGUGCGUGUACCGUGUGGGACAGUCCACCCUGGACAUCACACUGAAGAAGGCAGACAGUCGGAGGUGGACCAGGCUGGAAGCCUUAUCUAACACUAGUUCAGGACCGUCAGCCAGUGGUGUGUCUAACUGGAAGCCCCUGUCAUCUGCUGGGACAGUGUCUCAGGAAGCUGCCAGCCAGCCCACAGCCACCAGCACCAAGAAACCUCCCCCACCACCACCUGCACCACCGCCUACUAAACUUAGCCAGAAGCCGACCUGCCUGGUCCCCCCGGUGACCCAUGGUUCCUGGGGUGCUGCAGGAGACAUGGAGCAGACAUGUGAGCCUGGCUUCACCGGCCUGGACAACCUGGGCAACACAUGCUUCAUGAACGCAACCUUACAGGCACUGGCAAACACCAGGGAGCUCAGGGACUUCUGUCAGAGUAAUAAAUUCAAGGAUGAUUUGAACACAGAAAAUGUGCUAGGUUCUGGAGGGAAGCUGGCCAUUGCUUUUGCCUGCGUCUUGCGCACGUUAUGGUCAGGCACACGAACAUCGUAUGCACCCUCCCGCCUCAAGAGCAUCAUCGCGACCAAAGCGCACCAGUUCACGGGUUUCGCCCAGCACGACGCCCAGGAGUUCCUGGCCUUCCUGCUGGACGGGCUGCAUGAGGAUUUGAACCGGAUCCAGGACAAGCCCUACACCACCACGGUGGAGUCUGACGGCAGGCCGGACGGGGAGGUGGCGGACGAGGCCUGGCGCGUGUACAUGAAGAGAAACGACUCCUUCAUGGUGGAUCUCUUCCACGGGCAGUUCAAGUCCACUCUCGUCUGCCCCGUCUGCUCUAAAGUCUCCGUAACCUUUGACCCGUUUGCCUACCUGUCUGUCCCCUUACCCAAGAAGCAGAGAACGAUAUCCGUGUACUUCCAGUCCAGGGACCCGACCAACAAGCCGGUGUUGUUUUCCGUGCCGCUGGCUGUGGAUGCUGCUGUAGAGGACUUGAAGUUGGCCAUAGGGAGGAGGACGGACACCAAGCCGCAGAACCUGCGCGUGUUCGAGGUGUACAAGAGCGGGAUCCACUUCUGGUACAAUCGGGGAGACACCCUGAGUAAUGUCCAGGCUAACGACCACAUCAUGGUGUGUGAGGUGCUCGAUCAACAACAGGCAGGAGAGGCUGUGUACGAGGUUGCUGUUCUGCAGCGCUGUCUCCAGCCGCUGAACCGCUCCCCCAUCACGCGCUGUACCAGCUGUCAGAAGAUCAGCCCUGACGGAGCCUCCAUGAAGAGGUGCACCAAGUGCUUCAAGGCUGGCUACUGCAACCAGCAGUGUCAGAAGAAACACUGGCCCACCCACAAGGCCAUCUGUAAGUACAGUCCUGAACCCAUCGGCUGUCCCUUCAUCAUCAGCCUGCCCCAGUCCCAGGCCACCUUCUCCAGGCUCUGUGAGAUGUUAGAAGCCUUCGCAAGAUACUCUGUGGAUGUCUUCCAGCCCCCCAUACAGAAGAACACACCUUCCAGUACUGAGUCCUCGGCACCAUCCGAGGAGCCGGCAUCCUCUCCUGUUAACCCGGAGGACAAGGUCGACGACCUGGCCACACCCGACAACCAACCACAGCCAAUCACAGAGGAGGAGAAGGGUACCGAUGCUGGGGAGAGUGACGAGGUCACCAUGCCGAAGGAAGGGGAGCCAAAGAUGGCCGUCGUACACGGUCAGCCGCAGGACCCGCCCCCGGAGAGGGACAUCCUACCGUUCUUCCUCAAACCCUGUAACGAGAGGGGUCAGGGCAAGGUCGGACCAGAAGGGGAGCGGCUACAAGAUCAAGGAAACUCAGCCCUUGACCUGUCUGACCUGACCUAUCUGGCCAUGGACUGGAGGAAUCACGAGAAGUCCAAGAACUACGUCCUGGUGCAGUCCAAACAACUGGAGUAUGAAGAGGAUGAAAGUGUCCACUCCACACCUACCUCAGAUGGCCCCAUCACCCUGCAGCAGUGUCUUCAGCUGUUCACAGAGCCUGAGACACUCGCCCCUGAGGAGGCCUGGUACUGUCCAGGCUGUAAGCAGCACCGUGAGGCCACUAAGCAGAUGUCCCUGUGGCGUCUCCCCCACACACUCAUCAUCCAGCUCAAACGCUUCUCCUUCCGCAACCUCAUCUGGAGAGACAAGAUCACCAAGAUGGUCCAGUUCCCUCUCACGGGUUUGGACAUGUCUGGCUACUGUGGCUCAGAUAUCGGACCGGGUGAGGCCCCGCCCAUCUACGACCUGUACGCGACCGUGGACCACCAUGGCGGCCUGCUGGGCGGACAUUACACGGCCUACGCACAGCUGCCCGACGCCUCAGGAAGCUCCAACGCUAUUGGCUGGCGCCUGUUCGACGACAGUCACGUACGUGCAGUGCACGAGACGGAGGUGAUGAGGCCGUCAGCAUACCUCCUGUUCUACCGGCGCCGUGGGGUGGAUGUCCAUGCAUGUUCACCUGAGAAACCUCUCAACGCCAACAAGUCAGAGUCAGAGGACACAUCUACUCAGGAGAGCACAGAAGACCAGGAGAUGGGAACCCCCCUGUCAGCCUCCAGCAGCAGUGAGGUGCAGGACAACAUCAGUGAUGAUGACGAGGAAGUUCCCAUAUACGAGAAACCCUUACAGUGUACAGACCUGGACGAGGUGGACUAGACAUUCUGGAAACUGUUUUAACAAUUCUGGGCUUUAGACACACUUUUCUGAAAUCGACUCUUUGAAUUUAGAAUUAGAAAUAUAAUGAACUGUAAGUUUUGUAUUUUCAACUUCUUGCUAAGUGUCAUGUUACGUUUACAUGUCAGCUAAUUUAGGGCACACUUUCCUCUCUUAUGUAUAUUUAUUUGAAAGUUUCCAGUGUUGAAAUUUGAAGUUACCCAUCUUAGAGCAUCACACCGUGUGUGAACCAAACUUAGUAUUUAUCAGUCUGAGUUUAGGUGCUGCAAAAGUGAAACUGAAUGUACAGUAUCGUGGUCUCUUAGAAAUGGUGAUAUAGCCAUUUGGCAACAUCUUCUCUGAACAUACAUAGUGUUUUAUGGAGCUGGAAGGAGAGUUAAUCUUCUCUGGCAUACAAUAUCAAAAAUAUGUAGACUUUUCUCUGAUAGCUUAACUGUGUUAGCACUAACGUACAUGUAACAAGUCUACACCAGUACUUAACUACUCUCUCAGGCAUGACAGAAACAUGGCUCAGGUUUCAGCUCAGGUCAAAGCAACAAGAACAACUUUCUCGGGUUAGGCUUCUGAACUAAGAAAACUGGGGUUAACAGUAGUCAACUGUCAGUAGGUAACAACUUUUGCAUGUGGGUAGGUGCUACAUGGUAUUGGUAGAAGGAGAGGGAUGGACUCCACCUUCCAAUACCGUGCCCUAGACACAGUGGAUCAACAACCCACUGCCCCCUUCUGCCUGAAAACUACCUUUUUAGGUGCUACAUCUUAUGAUCUCUCAGCACUGUGUAAAUAAUGAUUGUAGAUUGAGAGAAGAAGAUGGAAAAUGGAAGGAAUUAUAGAUGUAUAUGUGAACUGGUUGUCAUUGGUUUCAUAUUUAUUGCACAGGUUGCCAGCUGUGGUUGUCCAUUUCUAACCACUCAGUGUGUAAUAAAAAGUAGGAACAUGUACACAAAAUAGCUGUAUUUACUGGAAGAUGGGCAGUAGGAAGGAUUGUGAUGGGUUGUGUGAAAAUAAGAAAAAGGAAAGACAAAAAAUAUCUUUCAAAUUUUGUUAACUUACAGAAGAAGUAACUACACAAAGUCAUGUAAAAUAUUUGCACAAAUUGAUUGGCAAAAAUUUGUAACAAUUCACAUGCCUACCAUGUGGAUUCUUUAUAGAGUGACUAUUAGUCUUCGGAAUGUUGUCAAUGAUGAUUAUGAUGUGUUCUAUUGAUGUAAUAUGUACAGACAUGCUGGCAGGGUUUGGGAAGAUGUGAUGGUUGACUAAGUUUGAAGGACAGGUCAUCUUUACUUGAUGUUGCUGUUUUGGAAUAUAGUUCAUGGUUAUUUGAGAAGCAUUUUUAGAGGUGUUUUGUGAUAUUGAUAAGUUACCUUUUUGUGAAGUUUGUACUGGUACACAGAUAAAACACUGAAAAUGAAAGUAUGCUGAAGAUUUGACAGCAAUGCCAGUGUCUUUUUUGUAUCAGCCAUGUUUUUCUUUUUUCAAAAGGCUGUAAAAUUUGUGCUCUGUUUUUGCAGUUGAAGGGUUCAGCAGGAAGCCAAUGAUCAUUGCUGUGGAGAGUUUUGAAUUGGAAGCCCAUUUGUGUAGGAAUAUGUUAUCUUACUCUGUACUGUCCUAUUUGUCAGAAAUGUUCACUGCAUUAGAUGAUAGACAAUAUGAAGCCAUAGGACAACAAAUAUACAACUGUACAUACUCUACCUGUAAUACAGACAGAAAACUUUGCAAAUGAGAAGAUAGUCUUGCAACAAGACCCACAUCACUGCCACUUGUAAAAAAAA